CAACCUCAGCUCCACCCACAACAAUUUCAACCGCUUCAGCUACAACCACAGCAACAGCACCAGCAACAGCAACACAUUCAUCAACAAAUUCCAUCUUUUCAAACGAUCAAUUGCCUUGCUGCGCUUGCGCCAUCCAAUUCCACCAAUAGCUGCUAUGGUGGACACUGUACGGUCACAACAUCUAACGCGAUGGCAAUGCCAACAACGCUCCUUACAAUGCCCACUACGUUCAGCGUUCCACCGCCCCCAGCACCACCACAACCUCCAGCAAGUUUAACGGCACAGUUGUCAUUAAAUACAAUUAUGCCUGGCAACAAUACAGCAACUGCACCCACGACAACGGCCACGGUAACGGCCAGCUCAAACCAAACACCGCAUUACUCAGCCACAAGUUGGUUUUGUGACAAUCUUUCUGCUGGCAUUUCAAGCGCGCCGGUCACAACGAACGCAUCAAUGUUAACAACGAAUAUAUGUCCAGCGUUGACAACAACAACGAAUGCCUCAAUGAGCAAUCAAAUGGUUUUUUUACCUAUUAGUUAUCAGGUUCCAGGCAUAAUGCAGGUGCCCACCGUGGCAGCACCAGCCAUUCAAAGUGCCACACUUAGCGGUGCUCCGCUAAUGUCGGGCGGAGUGGUGCCUUCUAUAAACACAUCAGUGCCACCUCCUGUAGCACCUACUCAAAUGACUCAAUCUGCUUCUGCGCACACUUGUCCGCACAUGCAACAUCCUGCGCCGAGUAACUGUGUGUCAGCACCACCUGCCGCUUGUUCUAGUACUGAGAUUCCGCAGUUUCGUUAUUUCCCCAAAUUUACACCUAAAGGUACGGCUAGAGAGCUCCCAGGGAAUUUAAAGAAAAUUAGGCGGAAUGUACCAACUCUACGACAAGCAGCAUCUGCCGCCAUAACAACCUAUCAAAAGAAUGGAAAAUUGCCCACAAACUACUGGGGUGUAGCACUGUCAGCAGAGCAGACAUCAGAUGAUGGUUUCAGCGAUGCGAGCUUCGAGGUGAAAAGUGAGUAUGCCAUGUAA